AUGGCGAUUAAGUAUACGAAAAAACCUCUUGCUCAAAUUUUCCGUGAUGGAAAUUCGAGAAGUAGAUUUGUCAAUGAAUUGAAAGACCACGAGGAAAAAGUUUUCAAUUGCAGCUUUGAUACCGCUCAAAGUUCAUUGAGCAAAAAAGUCAACUUGAAACAAACCCAAAUAUGUGUUAGACGCUCGCUUAAAAGACCCCAUGACUCCUUUACCACGGCUGAUAAAUUGGAAACCAAAACGGAAUUAUUUUUAAUGCCAAUGCCAACAAAGAUUAAGGCCAAUAACUAUGCAACAGCUAAAUUAAAUGCCACCGUUUGUGGCCAAAUGGAUGAAAAGUCGUUAAUUAAAAAUGAACAUGGAGAGACUGGAAGUGAUGUUAAACCACUUGAUGAUCCAAUGGAUGUACCACAAAGAACUAUGCGUGUUUUCGUGGGUAAUGUGGAUUUUGUCAUCAAAUAUUGUAAGCUGAAUCCAAACAUAAAUGCACUAUGGGAUGUUUAUGGAAAAUUAAUCAAAAUUACCAAAGGUAAACAUCGCUUUGAACAAAGUCUUUUGAUAAGGAAUAUGGAUGGAAGUGGUCCCAUUUUACAAUGUGCCUAUUUUGAUUUUAAUAAUUUUGUGGACAAUUUAACACUGGGUUCCAAUAUUCGCGUAGUUGGAAAACUGUGUGGCCUCAAUUGCCUCAGAACAUUUAGAAUAGAUCCUUGUAAUAGAACCAUAAAUCAAUCGAAUUUCAUACGCCUACAAAAUGUUAAUUCAUUUGUUUUGCUACAGAAUAAAAAUAGCAACAACAACUAA